AUGAAAGGUGGUCAGGUAAAUGAUACCCACAGGCCCCGGCUUGCCUGGACACCAUCUGUCCCGGUGAGAGCGAUUAAGAGUGUGACCAAGAGACAUCAAGUCCCGGCAGCCAUCACAGAUAUCGCUUGCACGAGCAGGGGCGUGCGACGCACCCUCCUCCAGAUUGUCUAUUCGCCAGCCCAAAUCAGGCAGCGUUGCACUGAGGCUACCUCGCCGUUGUUAGCCAUGCGCUGCGCCAACCUCCCGUUCCUGGGCGUCAAGACCGUCCCCUCCAACCUCGAUCUCCGCCACCCGGACACACUGCCGGCCUUUUUGUUGGACACGCCCCUUCGCCAUCUGCCGUAUGUCGUUGUUCUUAAUACAAGACCAUCCAUCCUCUUCGCCCCCAACUUCCCUCUCUCCCUUGUCUACAUUGCUUCUUUCGUCGUUACAUCCAUCUUUCCCUUCUUUGCUUGUCUAUUCUCCAAACCAGUUGUAGAACUUGUUCCAGUUACACAGACAAGACUUGCGCCCUUACUUGACCCGGACCUCUCUUUCCUGCCAUUCAAUAGUCUUCGUCUCCCAGGCCGGCCUCGCAAAGUUCGAUACACCUCGUCGAAAUAUGCGCCAAUGAUGACCGCGACAGCUUAUCCCCCAACCAUGAGUGACUUGAGGGGAGAUCCCUCGCACGCGAGUGUUUGGCCCAACUACGGCGCUUCGCACAUGUCCGGACGUCUCGGUAGCUCCAUCGAUGCUGCCUUUUCUUCAUCUGGCGUUCGACCUCGCGCUGGCCAGGACCACUAUUCAUCAUACACACGCUAUUCGCAGGACGAAGGGUCUACUUUCGACCGACCUCAGCCCACAACUCUUUCCUCGCAUCAGAACUACCCUCCUCUGAAGAGAUCCUUCUCUCAGGCUGAAUCCCAGCCAUACCAAGAGAUUGUUCAAGACCUCCGCGACGACAAUUCUAGACUCACAGUCAGUCAAGAUCACAAGCUUCUCUCUUUCCGCCGCUCCCAAGAAAAGAGCACGGUGGUUGAUCAGCAUGGCCGCGUGCAGCAGCUCGAGCUCUCCGCUCAGCUGCACGGAAUGUUCUUUCUCUCGGAAAUGCCCCCUAAUAGUGGCGACAACAGUGCUCUUCAGCCAGAGUUGACUUGCUACCGACGUAACCUCUUCCAGAUCAGCGGCUCCUUUGUCACGCCACGAGGCCCCAUCUCCGUUGUCAACGAGGCCAACGAGACUGUGCUUGUCACCAACAUGGAUGUCACCAUUUCCGCAAUCGAAUCUGUUGAUGGUAACCCCGUUCGCCUGAUUGUCAUCCCCUGGAAAACGCCGCCACCCAACUCGCCGGAACAGGCGCAUAACCCAGAUCAGGAGCCUCCGGCUCUGCCGUUGAUCCCAUUCCAAGAAAGUAGCCCCGGCUCUGACGGUGAAUAUGCCGUCUACCCCGUUGGCUGGCGACGCCUGCAGUUCCGAAUUGCCACUGCCAAUAAUGGUCGUCGCAAAGAGCUGCAACAGCACUUUGUCUUGCAUCUCAAGGUCCAUGGGACACUUGCCGACAACACCAAGGCCCGCAAGGAGAUUCCUCUCCUCGGUUCGAGCGCCGGCUCUCGCGGCCAAGCCCUUGUUGAGACUGGAGUGGGCGUCAUUGCUAGUGCUCUUUCUGUCAAGCCCGAAAGCAAGCGGGGGGGAAGCCUAGAUAUGCAGGUUCCCAGAUCUGCCUUUACAUUCAGCCCGCCCAAACCCGCCGCUGGCCAGCCCAGCGCUCUCCGAUCCUAUUCUUAUCCGUCAUGGAACCAGCAAAAUGAUACUCUACAUCAACUACCAACAACUUCUACGAUGGGGGUACCCAGCAUCUCUGCUUUUGCUAGUGACAGUUCAGAACUUCCCCUGGCCACCUCAUUAGGACCACCUGUCUCUCUAUCGCAAUAUGCUCCCACCGCUGGGGCAAUCGCCACGGAACACGUUCCACGUUAUGUCGACAAUGGCAGAUCAGCAAAGAGCCCCAGACACCAAGGCCAGUCGUCUGUGCAUGGCUCCAUUUCCGCCUCGGAUAGUGCCUCUGACUACCGCUACGGAUCAUACCGUGCCUCCGUCACGAGUGAUGCUAGCAACAUGGGGUAUGCGCCUGACAGCACGACCACGGCUACUCAACGAGACUACUACCCAUCCUCUGGCGGUACUUGGACCUCGAGCACGGCAGAGCCCACGACGAAUCUGAACUACCCCAGCGCUUCUGGCGGCAACGCGCAUCACCCACGGCCGUAUGCUUUUGACAGACACUCAAAGCAGGAAGCGACGCUCCCUAAUGCUCUCUACACGCCCGGCGCCAAAGGUGCCUUUGAGUCGAUGAGCAACUACUCGUGGAGCACCAAUUAG